AUGGCCUCACAGACCUCCGAUGCGCAAACAAAUGGGGUGCCUUCCUCAGCAGGCGCGUCCGCCUCCCAGACCGUCCCCAAUACCCAAGCGACGGCAGCGACGUCGACAACAGGCUCGCAGCCCCCGUCCCAGUCCCAGCCGACGCAAUCCUCAUCCACCCAACAACCCUCACAGCAACCACAGCAGCAAAACAACACAACACAGCAGCAGCAAUCGACACCCCUCAACCCCAACGCCUCGGCCCCGCGCCCCCGCGACGCCCGCAUGAUCGAGCUCCUCCUCACCUCCCAGGGCGUCACAUCCUACGAGUCGCGCGUGCCCCUACUCCUCCUCGACUUCGCCUACCGGCACACCUCGAGCAUCCUCUCCGACGCCAUCUAUCUCUCGGCGGACCCUUACACCUCGCAGGCCGGCUCCAAGGCGUCCGCCUCAGGCGCCGCCGCCGGCGCGAUCCCGGGCGCGGGAGGCGACGCGGCCGUCAGCGCAAACGCCGUGAAGCUGGCCAUCGCCGCGCGGCUGGGUUACCAGUUCCGCGGGGGCGGUGGCGCGGGCGGCGUGUCCAAGGACUGGCUGCAGGAGCUCGCGCGCGAGCGCAACAAGACGGCGCUGCCCAAGGUCGCGCAGAACGAGUGGGGUCUUAGGCUGCCCAGCGAGCGCUUCGUGUUGAGCGGUGUCAGCUGGGGGCUCAAGGAUGUGUGGGAAGAGGCGGGCAUCGACGAGGAUGACGACGAGGACAGCGAGGACGGUGCCGGCGCGGCUGGUGGCGACGGUGCGAUGGAGGGCGUGGAGGCGACGAACGCGACGGCCGAUGAGGACAUUGGCGGCGACGGCGUCGAGGGCGGCACGAUGGAGGACGUGUUUGGCAAGGACGUCGAUGAGGACGCCGAGAUGGAGGGCACGGCUUAG